UUUCACCGGCGGACGAAGACGCUAUCUUCUCCCGCUCUCAUCCGCGUGCGAAGAUGAUAAAAGCACGUCGAGGGACAGCGAUGCGUCGUAGUCUUCCUUUCGGGAUCGGGCCAGAAGGAACGUGGAUUUUAACGACGACCAGUCCGAAAUGGCCUCGAAACCGAUCGUCCAUCUGCUAAUCGCCUACGGCGUCAUCGCCGUAACAACGUCGCUGAGUCAAAACAGCAGAUUCGUGAAUCAGCUAUUUGACAAUCAGCCGAAUCGCGGUCAGCAACAAUUCUCGCCGAAACGUGGCCAAUCCGCGUCGUGUCCAGAAAGGAACGGCCGCUUUCCGGUGCAGAAUCAGUGCGACGCUUACAUCGAAUGCAUUGACGGGAUAGCCGAGCAGAAGCUAUGUCCCGAAGGCUUGUUUUUCAAUCCUGAAGCGCGCUUUAAUUAUCCCUGCGGAUAUCCGAUCGACAUAGAUUGCACGGGCAGGCCAAAUUUACAGCCGGCAAAUCCGACCGACGACUGUCCCCAUCAAUACGGGUACUUCAAGAUCGGCGAUCAUCAACACUGCGGCCAGUUCAUGAACUGCGUGGACGGCAGGGGCUACGUGUUCGAUUGUCCGGAGGGUCUGGCCUUCAAUCCGCAGAGCUAUCGAUGCGACUGGCCGGACCAAGUGCCGGACUGCGACGCUGAGACUUUUCUCGGUUUCCGCUGUCCAGAGGUGAGGAACGGUCCCUUCCUGGACACCGAGACUAAGUUUUUCCGCAGCCCCGUCGACUGCCACCACUAUUACAUCUGCGUGAACGGCCGUCCGAGAUUGCUGAAUUGCGGCAUUGGAAAUGCCUUCAAUGAGCUCAUUAACGUCUGUGACGCCGCGGAAAAUGUCACCGGCUGCGAACACGAAGCAAUAGCGAGAACAACCCCGGCACCAUACCGACAGACAAGGCUUUUUUAAAUUCUGAUACGAUUGAA